AUGUCGAGCCUCAAAGCAAUUCUUUUGGAUGCUGAAGAGAAGCAAGAACAAAAUCAACGUCUACAUGAUUGGUUAAAGGAACUUCAAAAUGUCUUUUACCAAGUUGAGGACUCCAUAGAUGAAUUCAAAUGGGAAUUCUUCAAACAAAAGGACACUGGAAAACAGGUACUUGCCCAUUUCUCGUGCUCUAGUCGAAUUUCUGCAAAUAAAUUGAAACAGAAUUUUAAAAGGAACAAAGUAUGCGACGAGCUCAAUAAAAUUGCAGCCAAAAUGUAUGAAUUUCAUCUCAAAGUAAAGCACAUCGGUUCCAUAAGUAUGGAGACAACACACUCUUUCCCUAGUGCUUCAGAAAUUUCAACAAGACACCUGAAACCAAGUUGGCAAUUGCUUUACCCUUUAAAACAUGCUUCCAGAAAUUAUGACGAAGCAUAUGAUGGCAUUUUGAAUGUUUUCAAUAAAUAUACUCAUGGGUUCUUCCACAUAGUUGGGGAAGCAGGUAUAGGUAAGAGCACAAUGGCCAGAUUCUUGUACAAUCAUGAAAAUGUAGUUGAUAGGUAUACUAGAAGAUACUGGGUUUGUGUGGAAGAAGGCUUUAAUACACAUAGAUUGGUGAAAGAGGUUUACAGUCAUGCAGACAAUGAAGAAACUCGGGAGGACUUGACGACAGAACAAUUGCUUUCUAAGUUUAUACGACUUCAGAGAGAGGAAACCUUUUUGCUCGUCUUUCAAGACCUUUCAAUCACCAACUUGGAUAAGUGUUCCACUUCAGUGUUAAUUAAAUUAUUGGAGAUGGGACACCAUGACAGCAAGAUCAUAGUGACCACACAAACUGAGGAAAUUGCCAAAGAUAUAGAUGUCCAUGGCUACAAGACUGAGAUACAAUCAAAGAAAAAUCUGGCGAAUGGUGACGAAGUAUCUGCAGACAAACAGUCACUAACAAAAAAUACUCAGAACCAAGCAGUUCCAGGUUCACAAACUGAGGAAACUGCAGGCGCUAUAGCAAACAUGAUCUAUGAGACUGAGAAAAACUUAGAGAAAAAUCCGGUGGCUGGUGACAGAGAAUCUGAAAGCAGCCGAUUGAUAACAAAAGAUGCUCAGAAUCUAGACGUUUCAAUUCCACAAGUUACAGAAUGUGAACCUGAUAGGGGAUAUCAAACAAUUUUCAAACUUAAGAAGCUGUCAAAGCAAAGUUCAUCUCUUUUAUUCAAAGAAUAUGCUUUCAGAAACAGUCCAGAAGUACAAAAUCCAGAACUCACUAAAAUAGUUGAUCAACUUUUGGAGAAAUGCAUGGGAGUUCCUUUGGCAAUAAAGUGUCUGGGAAGCUUGCUAUCUUCAAAAACUAGCAUAGCUGAAUGGAAAAACAUCGAGAAAAAGUUGAUGCCCCAAGAGAAAAAGGAAGACGGUAUUUUACAUGUACUCAGAGUUUGCUAUGAUCAAAUGCCCUCACAAUUGAAGCCUUGUUUCCUGUAUUGUUCUCAAUUACCAAACGAUCGCAUAUUUUCUUCAAAUGAUAUGAUUCAGUUAUGGAUGGCAAAUGGGCUCCUCCAUUCACCUGAAGAGAAGAACUUAGCUAUGGAAAAUAUAGGUAAGAAGUACUUCAUGGAGCUAUGGUCAAGAUGUUUCAUUCAAGAAAUUGAAGAACAUGGGCUUGGCUACUGGAUUAAAUUGCACCCUCUCAUCCAAAAACUUGCACACAAAAUCACACAAGAACAAUCUGAGGGCUCGUGGGGCAACAAUCAUUCCAAAGAAAUCACUGAAAUAAGAUCCAUAGCCUUUCAAGAAAGAAAUAUGGUGCUACCUAAUGCAUCCCUAACUGAAAAGUGCAUCUGGAGGUACAAAUGCUUAAGAUUGUUGUAUUUAGGCAAUGCAGACCUUCAGGAAAUUCCAAAUUCCAUAGGAACACUCAAGUACCUGAGAUACCUCGACUUGCAUGGCAAUCAGAAAAUCAAGCAUCUACCAGACUCAAUAUGUGAUCUACAAAGUUUGCAAACCUUAAUUCUUGAUUCUUGUUCCGCACUUGAAGACCUGCCGAAGGAUAUAAGGAAUUUGAUCAGCCUGAGAUACUUGUGGGUAACAACAAACAAGCUUCAUCUGCACAAAAACGGAGUUGGAACCAUGACCUCUCUGCGAUUUCUUGCCAUUGGAGGGUGCAAGAACCUAGAAAAUCUAUUUGAACGGCCAGAUUGCCUUGCAGGCCUUGAAACCCUAAUGAUAUAUAAUUGCAAUACCUUGAAAUUGUUGCCAAACGAGAUGAGGUAUCUAAAAUCACUACAAAAUUUGAUGAUUUGGAGAUGCAAGCAACUUACACUAAACUUAGAAGAAGUCGAAUUCAAGCUUCAAAGAUUCACGGUCAAGGAGCUUCCAAAAGUGGAAAGCUUACCUCGAUGGCUUGAAAAUUCGAUAGAGACUUUGAGAACCUUGCAGAUCAUCAAUUGUCCCAUAAGAUUAAUGGAACUACCGGUAGAUAAAAAGUACAGAGCACUUGAAAUUUUCUUAAUUCAUGGUUCGGUAAGGUUUGAUACAAUGCCAGGUUACGACUUUGAACACCGGAAUUUGACAAUCUUUCGUGGUAAUGAGAUGAAUAUACGUUAUUAG